AUGAUUCUACGAUCAAUAGCCCUGCGGCAAGGCCGCAGAGCGGUGGCCAAGCCUGCGCGAUGCCUCCAUUCGUCGGCCACAUGCCUGCAGCAGAACCAACCCAUUGAUGCCGCCUCUUACUCCUUCUCCUCUCGUAUCCAACCUCCUGUAGACGGCGACCAGGUUGCCCGCGAUUACCAAGCCUUCAAGCACCACCAGAGAGUCACCAACAGCAUUGGAUCCGUCGUCUCUCCCACCUACCAACCGCAUACCCAAGUCACCAAACCUCCCUCGCCCGACGACAUCUCCCUCGAACUCCUGCUUGCCUCGCAAUCCCACCUGGGUCACUCUACCUCGCUCUGGAACCCUGCCAACGCUCGCUACAUCUUUGGUGUACGUCAAGGUAUUCACAUUAUCUCGCUUGACCAGACCGCCUCCCACUUGCGCAGAGCAUGUGCUGUCGUUCGUGGUGUCGCCCAGCGUGGUGGUUUGAUCCUCUUUGUUGGUACUCGUGACGGCCAGGAGAGAAUUGUUACCAAGGCUGCUGAAUUGGCCGGUGGCUGUCACCUCUUCGACCGCUGGAUUCCUGGCAGCAUCACAAACGGCCCUCAGAUCCUGGGCAGAUGUCGCACAAAGGUCGUCGAUGAGAAUGACAAGGAGAUCAAAGGUUUCGAGGAGCAGCUUGAAGCAAAGGGCGCCCUCAAGCCCGAUCUGGUCGUCUGCUUGAACCCCAUGGAGAACUACGUUCUGCUGCACGAGUGCGGUCUCAACAACAUUCCCACCAUUGGUGUUAUUGACACCGACGCAAACCCAACCUGGGUCACCUACCCCAUUCCUGCCAACGACGACAGUCUUCGAUGCAUCAACCUCAUCGGAGGUGUUCUCGGCCGCGCCGCUGAGGCAGGCAAGAACUGGCGUCUCAACCAGGCUGCUGGUGGUAUUGUUACAUAUGCAGCAAGCCACAACCUGGCUACGCCCACCGCUGAUCAGAUUGCCGCUGCCCACGAAGCCGAACGCUCUUUCGCCCAGAAUGAAGGCUUCAACGAAGACACUGACAAGCGUGUCGUUACCUCGACUGGUCCUGCCGACCAAGAGGCCGACAUUCAAGAGAAUGUUGAUCAAACCAUGAUGAGCGCAUUCGAGUAUGCCCAGUUCGCCGACUUUGACGAGGACGCCAUUGCAGCUGCUUUCGACAUGCACUUCCCUGACCGUGCGGCUCCUGAGACAACCGAGCUGGCCGAGCUGAGAGAGAAGCUGCGCCGUACUCGCUCCGCUUUGAAUGUAUCGUCAGAUGGCGAGCCCACAUACCUCGAGAGCACGCAAGUCGACGUCAAGACCGGUGCCGAACUCGAAGAGGAGGCACAAGACAUGAUGGAUGAGCCCCUCACUCAACAGGAAGCCGCUGCUCUGCAUGCUCAGGAAGGUGGCAAGGGCCAGAACCCUUACGCUGGUGGCAGUUACCGUGGCGCUCUCAAGGUGCGCAAGAAUGCUGCAGAUCCUACUCUCCGCAGAAUGAUCGCUCUCAAGAGACAUGCAUACGGCGAGGAGCUGUCUGCCGAAGAUCAGGAGGAGCUGCGCAAGCUGUCCGAAUCAAACAAGAACGCACCUCCGGCCGACGAAGGCGACUACGCUCUGAAGCGCACUUCGUGA